AUGACGAGAUACACUUUAACGCCCAAAUUGGAACAGCUCAUAGCGGCAUCAUCGCUCAGCAAAGAAAUAAAAGAGUCGGUUCUUUCCAAAACUGAUAUCAGUCAUGUGGACUUGAUCAACUUUUACAAGGCAUUCAAGCCAACAGAUUCGCUUUUGGAGCUUCUCAAGUUGACUUCAUUGCAGAUACCGAACAAGAACGAGAAGCUUCUGGACAAGCCCAAGUCCAGGGAGUUUGUCAAAUCGAUGGAAAAACUACGUCUUCAGGAAAAGGAAAACGAAUACCAAAGGCUCGUUAACCCAGCACCGCAGUAUUCGACAUUGUACGAAAACAGCGCUGCUCCCGACAUUACUCCAGCAAUGGCCAGCAAAGAGCUCAAGAACCAGAUCACCACCAUUGUAAAUAUCUUGAUCAGCGUGGCGAGCGUGGCCUAUGCCAUCUGGUACUGGACGGAAUCUUCGUGGAAACUACCAGAUAGCUAUCGGAUUUUGCUUUGCCUCUUUUUUGCCUUGUUGGUGCUUGUGGCAGAAGUCGUGGUGUAUUUGGGCUACUUGAACAAGAUUGAGGAAGCUAGAAAGACGGAGCGUAGUAAGAAGGAGGUCAAGAAGGUGAUACGAACAGUUGAAUUGGGUCCUAAAAAUAAAAUAGAAUAG